AUGGACUUGCGCCUAGAUGAUAUUGUAGAUUCGAUUAUCGCUUCGAAUGCAGAAACACCUCAAUUGCUGCUAAGAACAUGGUUGGACGACUUUUACAGGAAGUCGUCGGAGUUGGGAUUAUCCUCAGCUCAACUGAUCAAAAUGAUAAGCUUUGCUUGCCAUUCGACAACUUUAUCAAUGACAACACGACUGUAUAUUUUGGAAAAUUGUCUAUGGCCUAAUGACUUUUUGUCAAGGGAUGUGAUAAAAGUUGUUAUAAGUCAACUAGGUACCGCAACCGCCAUAUCAGAUUUCAAAAUACAGACGCCCAAGAAGCUCCAAGUAGCACUUUGCAGAUGGCUAGUACAUGUUUUUUUCCUUGUGACCCCAAACGAUGAAUUACCAGACUCUCACCUGGAUUCUUCCAUUUGGCUUCACCUUUGGCAGUACGAUUUUCUACAACAUUGGUUGACGUACAUAGUUGUGUGGUCAACUACAUCUCCGAAGGAUGUGAAACGUUGGAAAGUUACUUUAGUUGAAAAGGUUGGCUCUAAACCGAAUUAUCAAGAUUCCAGGGCCUGCGCAACUUUGAUUCUUCAUAAGCUUGAAAGCAUAAUUGGAAGCUCAAACGUAAUAUCAAGAGCAAUAGAUCGUCUAAAUUGCAAUGGCAGAAGGCUAAAUACACUGCAAAGUCUGGAGUACGAUGAAAAUCAUAUUGCGCGGCUCAGAACUCUGUUGCUAAACAGAACGCCUUCAAAAUUCACUGACAAGAUCUUAGAUGAACUAAUUUCAUCAAGCCUGAACCAACUGAGAUCUUCGGAGGAAAAUAAUAUGGGAACCAACUGUCUUCGAAAGCCAGAACUUAAGGACGCGCUUCUCCAAAAUGCACACUCAUUGCACAAACUGGCAUGGCAAUGGGAUCGAGUCAUAGUACCUAAAAACGUCGAACUUCUACUUCACAAUACGAAAUUAUCUCCCUACCAUUUUUAUCUACUGGCGCUAUCGAGUGAACAUGAAUUUUGGGUUAUUGCCUAUCAAUGGAUAUGUAUGUCAUUGAGAAGAGCAUUUGGCAUGGAAGACACGGAAGGCAGCAUUGCCAUAUUAGAAAAUGUCAUUCGCAUUUGCCUAAUACAAGACUCGUUAAUACCCUUGAUUGCCAAGGAUUUUUUCAGUGUCAGAUAUUUGAAAGCUAAUCGAAAUAUCUUCGUGCACAUCUUUAGUGUCAUUUUCCCUCUUCAGAUGACAUUCGAAGGCAAUCUGACAAGCUUUGAAAGAAGUUUUCAAGAAAUUUUAGCCUACUCUUUUCUUAAUGACAGAAGCUACAGGACCAUUUUUCCACCGGUAGUCAAAUCUGUGGUAUUAUUAAUGCAAAAUUGGUUGAAAAGCGAUACGGCAUCGUUAACCCACUUUGCACUGAAACUUUUACAAGACAUCCAAGAAUUGUUGCUGUCAAAUUUUGACAAUGUAAAUGAAAACAGGCUCAAAAGCAUCGAGUUAAUCAACCUACUAAACAUCGUAUCUAAUACGCGACCAUCUUCAGUUGUUGAAAAGGAUUUAAAAUACCUAAUUGUACCGCGAGGACACCUUCAUCGAUUGCUUAUAGCAGAUGACCCACUGCUGCUAAAUGGAUGCUGCAAUUAUCUAAUAAACACGAAGCAGUAUCUGCUCGGUAAGGAGCCCGCCAAUAAAUACGUGCAAAGACAAAAUGAUUACAUUUUGGAUCUUACCAAUUACUUGUGGCGGAACAAGCUACUCGAUUCGAAAAGGUUCCUGAACAUUCCUUCUGUUUUUCUACGUGUUGUGAUUGAUAAUACAUAUCUGCCCAUUAUUGAUAUGAAGGCGAAGAUAUUGUCGUCCAUCUCGGGAAUACCUUCUAUGUCAUACGCAUCAAUCGCAAAAUUACGCGAGCUUGAACGUGCAAGCCACGCCCAGUUGCACUACUUAGAACUAAUAAAUGAUGAGGGUUUUAAGAGGUUUAAAAGGAACCAACCGCACUCUGAGAGCUGGCUAUAUAAUAAUCCUUCAAGCCUACACGACUUGAAGCUCGAGAUACUCAAGGCAUUUCGGAGCACAGGCCCGUAUGGUGAAGUUGCAGGUUUUCUAUUCACCUAUCUGAAGAGCCUUUCAGAAUACAACCUGGCCAAAGGUGAUUUUUAG